GUGCAUUCCCAAAGAAGGGAUUAGGGGGCGGGGCCAAGAUUAAUUGUUAAUGUGUGACUAAACUAUCUUGCUGAACGUAAACACAACCCUAGAAGAAGACGGGUUGAAGAUCUUCUGGUUUACAUACUUGGUGGACCAGUCUGCCUGCGGGAAUGCUCAAUCCUCAAAGAUCUUUAUCUGAACUACCAAAGAUGUCGGGUCCAAGCCAAGCCGAGAGGGCUGUUUUGGAGGAGGAGUUUAACUGGUUGCUGAAAGAGGAGGUUCAUGCUGUUUUGAAGCAGCUCCAGGAUAUACUGAAGGAGGCAUCCAGGAGGUUCUUCAUUCCCACCCCAGGACUGGAGAGCCAACUGAAACAGGAGAACUUCAUCCUGGGCAGCUCAACCAUGGACCAGGUGAAAGGAGUACUGACUCUACAGGGAGAAGCCCUGACUCAAGCUGACAUCAAUCUGAAAACUGCUAAAAGCAACCAAGUGAUGCAUUUCACAUUCAGGGAUGAUAAGCACUGGAAAUUACAACAGAUCCAGGAUGCUAGGAACCAUGUGAAUCAGGCUCUGCAGCUGCUGAGUGGUAGAGAUGAGAGCUACCACUUUAAGACUGGGGCUGAGGUCAACAAGCUGAUGGACGCGGUGAUGCUCCAGCUGACCAGGGCUCGUAACCGCCUCACCACUCCAGCUGCCAUGACCCUGCCGGAGCUGGCCACCAGCGGCCUCAUGAAAAUGUUCACUCCUCCAAUGCCAGGUGAUGUGAUGGUGAACUUCUAUAUCAACCUGAGUAAGCUGUGUCUGACUGUCUACCAGCUGCACGCAAUGCAGCCCAACACCACCAAGAACUUCAGGCCUUCUGGAAGCUCUGUGUUACACAACCCUGGAGCCAUGUUUGAGCUGAACAAUGCUAAGUUUGAGGUGAGCCAGGUUCACAAGGUGGAGUGUGUUGUCCCCUGGCUCAACAACACCCUGGUCUUCUUCACCAUCUCCCUGCAGCUCUGUCAGCAGCUCAAGGACAAGAUUUCCGUCUUCUCUAGUUUCUGGAACUACCGACCAUUCUAACCUCCUGCAGCUAGCUGACCGUCAGAAUGCCUAGGUGUUCUAACCUCCUGCAGCUAGCUGACCGUCAGAAUGCCUAGGUGUUCUAACCUCCUGCAGCUAGCUGACCGUCAGAAUGCCUAGGUGUUCUAACCUCCUGCAGCUAGCUGACCGUCAGAAUGCCUAGGUGUUCUAACCUCCUGCAGCUAGCUGACCGUCAGAAUGCCUAGGUGUUCUAACCUCCUGCAGCUAGCUGACCGUCAGAAUGCCUAGGUGUUCUAACCUCCUGCAGCUAGCUGACCGUCAGAAUGCCUAGGUGUUCUAACCUCCUGCAGCUAGCUGACCGUCAGAAUGCCUAGGUGUUCUAACCUCCUGCAGCUAGCUGACCGUCAGAAUGCCUAGGUGUUCUAACCUCCUGCAGCUAGCUGACCGUCAGAAUGCCUAGGUGUUCUAACCUCCUGCAGCUAGCUGACCGUCAGAAUGCCUAGGUGUUCUAACCUCCUGCAGCUAGCUGACCGUCAGAAUGCCUAGGUGUUCUAACCUCCUGCAGCUAGCUGACCGUCAGAAUGCCUAGGUGUUCUAACCUCCUGCAGCUAGCUGACCGUCAGAAUGCCUAGGUGUUCUAACCUCCUGCAGCUAGCUGACCGUCAGAAUGCCUAGGUGUUCUAACCUCCUGCCGCUAGCUGACCGUCAGAAUGCCUAGGUGUUCUAACCUCCUGCAGCUAGCUGACCGUCAGAAUGCCUAGGUGUUCUAACCUCCUGCAGCUAGCUGACCGUCAGAAUGCCUAGGUGUUCUGUCCAAAUCCUUCACACCAACCAACCCAGAUAAAAGGGAUGUCUUGAAAAUAUUGUCUGAUUUGAAGUGGGUUUUGUUUGUAUAAUUUACAGGAGAACAGCCGGAUCAAAGUCCAUAUACAUUACCAGUGUUUAGUAUUCCAGGGUUUAGGGCCCAUCUGUGUGUUACAGCUGCUUUAAUUCAGUCCCAAAUCAACCCCUAGACCCUACCCUCUAGACUACACUCCCUACUUGUGAAGAAAGUAUAGGACUAAGCAAUAUGGUGGAGCUACUACCAUAUUGGUAUAUCUAUCCAAUACAUUCAGUGUUACCCCUAGUUGGGGGUCGUUAGCACAAUGACUGGAAGUCUAUGGGAAUGAAUAUAGGGGAAACACUGCAUGACGGGAAGUCUAUGGGAAUGAAUAUAGGGGAAACACUGCAUGACUGGAAGUCUAUGGGAAUGAAUAUAGGGGAAACACUGCAUGACGGGAAGUCUAUGGGAAUGAAUAUAGGGGAAACACUGCAUGACGGGAAGUCUAUGGAUAUGAAUAUAGGGGAAACACUGCAUGACGGGAAGUCUAUGGAUAUGAAUAUAGGGGAAACACUGCAUGACUGGAAGUCUAUGGAUAUGAAUAUAGGGGAAACACUGCAUUCUGAUCUAGACAAGUAGGGACUAGGGGUUGAUUUAGGAUUGGGUGCAUGUAUCUCUGUGCGUCAUCUGUUGUAUUUUGUUGUAUAGUACUAACUAACUUGGUUGGACCUCCCUGUUGUAUAGUACUGACUUGGACCUCCCUGUUGUAUAGUACUAACUGACUUGGACCUCCCUGUUGUAUAGUACUAACUGACUUGGACCUCCCUGUUGUAUAGUACUAACUGACUUGGACCUCCCUGUUGUAUAGUACUAACUGACUUGGACCUCCCUGUUGUAUAGUACUAACUGACUUGGACCUCCCUGUUGUAUAGUACUAACUUGAACCUCCCUGUUGUAUAGUACUAACUGACUUGGACCUCCCUGUUGUAUAGUACUAACUUGGUUGGACCUCCCUGUUGUAUAGUACUGACUUGAACCUCCCUGUUGUAUAGUACUGACUUGGACCUCCCUGUUGUAUAGUACUAACUGACUUGGACCUCCCUGUUGUAUAGUACUAACUGACUUGGACCUCCCUGUUGUAUAGUACUAACUGACUUGGACCUCCCUGUUGUAUAGUACGUACUGACUUGGACCUCCCUGUUGUAUAGUACGUACUGACUUGGACCUCCCUGUUGUAUAGUACUAACUGACUUGGACCUCCCUGUUGUAUAGUACUAACUGACUUGGACCUCCCUGUUGAAUAGUACUGACUGACUUGGACCUCCCUGUUGUAUAGUACUGACUGACUUGGACCUCCCUGUUGUAUAGUACUGACUGACUUGGACCUCCCUGUUGUAUAGUACUGACUGACUUGGACCUCCCUGUUGUAUAGUACUAACUGACUUGGACCUCCCUGUUGUAUAGUACUAACUGACUUGGACCUCCCUGUUGUAUAGUACUGACUGACUUGGACCUCCCUGUUGUAUAGUACUGACUGACUUGGACCUCCCUGUUGUAUAGUACUGACUGACUUGGACCUCCCUGUUGUAUAGUACUGACUGACUUGGACCUCCCUGUUGUAUAGUACUAACUGACUUGGACCUCCCUGUUGUAUAGUACUAACUGACUUGGACCUCCCUGUUGUAUAGUACUAACUGACUUGGACCUCCCUGUUGUAUAGUACUAACUGACUUGGACCUCCCUGUUGUAUAGUACUAACUGACUUGGACCUCCCUGUUGUAUAGUACUAACUGACUUGGACCUCCCUGUUGUAUAGUACUAACUGACUUGGACCUCCCUGUUGUAUAGUACUAACUGACUUGGACCUCCCUGUUGUAUAGUACUAACUGACUUGGACCUCCCUGUUGGAUAGUACUAACUUGGUUGGACCUCCCUGUUGUAUAGUACUGACUUGGACCUCCCUGUUGUAUAGUACUAACUGACUUGAACCUCCCUGUUGUAUAGUACUGACUGACUUGGACCUCCCUGUUGUAUAGUACUGACUGACUUGGACCUCCCUGUUGGAUAGUACUAACUUGGUUGGACCUCCCUGUUGGAUAGUACUGACUUGGACCUCCCUGUUGUAUAGUACUAACUGACUUGGACCUCCCUGUUGUAUAGUACUAACUUGAACCUCCCUGUUGUAUAGUACUAACUGACUUGGACCUCCCUGUUGUAUAGUACUAACUUGAACCUCCCUGUUGUAUAGUACUAACUUGGACCUCGUUAUGAAUCAGCUUGUGUUGUUGUUUUAGUCUGAAACACUUCUCUUGUUACGGAAUACUAACGUUCCUCCUCUCCACAUAGUUAUACCCUUUUCACACUAUAAUAGCGACCAAAAAUGUGCUGUAGUAGCUCAGAUAUGUUUUAUUUGAUGGUUUAUUUGGGUAGGGACCGAUACAAACACGGUUCCAGCAUCUAUGGUUAAUGAGUAACCAGAUCAGCUUGGUUUGCUCAGCAGUGUGAAAAGGUAUUGGAAACAUUUGUCAAGCAGAUUGUCAUACUGUGGUAAAUAAUACUGUUAUUUUGUGUAGACUACGCUACUCAUCAGAAGUAUAUGUUUGUGACAUGAAACAGUGUUACCGUGACUCUUCAUGGUGAUAUUAACUUGUAGGUUUCUGACUCUAUAUUCCUUGGCAUGAUGCUUUAUGUCACGUAUAAAGGAAAACGGACAUUCCCAGCUUUGAAGGGUAAACCUUCAUGCCUCCUCAACGAUAAGCUAUUAUUCGUCAUUGUAUCAGUUAAUUUCAAUGUAUGUGUUGUUAGCUAAUGUUUUUAUUUAUUCAAUUGUUUGUUUGCACUUAUGUUACUUUGCCUUGAUGAUUCCCUGUGAAGUGAAUAUCCAUUCCAAUGCUGAACAAAAAUUAUUAUUACUGCAAGUGUUUUCAUUUAUUUUGACAUGUAUACAUGUAUAUGUUGUGGACCAUAUGAUCUAUUAUCUGUGCAGUAAAGAGAUGUUAUACAGGAGUGUUCGCUCAGUCAAUCAGGACAGAUUCAAUACAAAAUAUUAUUGAAUCAUACAAUGUACAUGUUUCAACAUUCAAUUAUAUUGUUAAUAUAAUUAACUACAUUAAAGUCAUUGAAUCAAUACUA